CACCAUGUGGUUGGUUUAGUUUUCGCUUAAUUCAGUACAGUAUGUGAACCAGCCAACUCUGAUUUAGGAAAGAACUGCUCCACAUGAUCAAUGCUUUUAUAUGGAGAAUCAAUACAGGCCAAGUUAUUUUGCCAAUUGUGGUUUCUCAAAUGCCUAGAUCUUUGAAAAGUCUCCUCCCUGCUUGUGAAGUAUAAGCCUGUUUAAGACCCUCCUCCAUGCAUUUUCAUUCCAAUUGGCAGGCUGUGUGUAAUGAUAAAUAGGAAGGGAGUCAGCUGUUUGAGAUCUGAAGGAAGCAGAGUGACCUUCUUGGCUGCCUUUUCCAAAACCAGAAACUUCUCACAGAAAUAAAAUAGGGCUAGUGGGCUGCGCUUGUUUCUUUGGGAUCCUUUGUUCUCAUGUCCAAGUAUCACGAGAAGCAACUGUUAGAAAAAGCAGCAUCAAGAAGGCUUAAAAAUGGCAAGUGAUCAAUCAAAUUGCUUUCACUGCAAGGAUUCACUUUGUGGAAAACAAUAUACCAUGAAGGAAGAAAAUGCUUUCUGUGUGAAAUGCUAUGACAGCCUGUUUGCUCACUUUUGUGAAAAAUGUCAGAAACCCAUUGAAUGUGAUGCCAAGGAACUUGCUUAUAAAGGCUGCCACUGGCAUGAAACGUGCUUCAAGUGUGCCAAAUGCCAUCACUCCUUGGUUGAGAAGCCUUUUGCAGCUAAAGACGAGCUCCUGCUGUGUACAGCAUGUUAUUCUAAUGAGUAUUCAUCUAAGUGCUUUCACUGCAAGAGGACUAUUAUGCCUGGUUCUCGUAAAAUGGAAUUUAAAGGCAAUUGUUGGCAUGAAGCUUGCUUUGUUUGCCAGUUCUGCCGGCAACCGCUAGGAACGAAACCUUUGAUUACCAAGGAUGAUGACAAUUACUGCGUGCCCUGUUAUGAGAAGCAAUUUGCACAGUGUUGCUACUCCUGCAAAAAGGUGAUCCCCAAUGGUGGUGUGACUUACCGUGAUCAGCCAUGGCAUAAGGAAUGCUUUCUAUGCACUGGAUGUAAGAAGCAGCUUGCAGGACAUCGAUUCAUUUCCAAAGAUGAACAUCCUUACUGCCUGGAGUGCUUCAGGAAACACUUUGCAAAGAAAUGUGCAGCCUGCACCGAACCCAUUACUGCUCUUGGAGGAGGCAAGUUCAUCUCAUUUGAAGACCGCCAAUGGCACAGCGACUGCUUCAAGUGCAGCAAAUGCACGUGCUCCCUGGUGGGGAAAGGGUUCCUCGCCCAGCAAGAUGAAAUCCUCUGCUGCAGCUGUGGGUGUGCUACUUAACGCAGGAGCUCUUCAAGGGCUUCUGAUCUUUGAUAUCCAUGCAAACUUUGCAGCCAUCCUUGACUUCUUUUUGGAACUGUAGGCAGUACCUGUAAAGAAGAGGGCAAGAAGCAGCAAGGUGGAUGGACUCAAUUACAGCAAUGAUGGAUGCACAGUUGGAAGUCAUGAAGGGCCAAGUUGGGGAGAUAUCAUCCUGGAGAAGUUCUAUCUGUUUGGCUUCAAUGAAUUGACACCAACCUUAUGGCAAAUGAUAUUAAACAACAACAACAUAUUUUAUUUCAGUAAGAUGUAUGUAUAGUGUUGGUGCUUCUUUGUUCAAGGAAAUGCUUAUAUUGGUAUAGUAUCUGUGCUUUAACCCCAUUGCCAACUUGCACAAGAAUUUCCCCUCACCAAUUUUUUCCCUAAUAGAAAAAGCAUAAGAAUCAGAAAUCAAAAGGCAUAAGAAACAGUCAGAGUGUGGCUCUGGGAUCAUUAUCUGCUUCUCAUGAAUACAGUUCAUCACAUUUGCAGGACAUCUUUUAUUUUUUAGCAAUUUUUCACUGAAAUAUUUUUCACUGAAAUAUUUUUCACUGAAAUAAAUAUUGCGAGCUCUCUUCCUGAAACUCAGUGUUCCACUUCUUGAAUGCAUUCUAAGUUUAGCUGUUGAACAGGUCACAAGUCAGCAAUCUUUUCUGGACCUGGAUGUAUUGCACGAUGGCUUGAGCUCCCCCCAAAAUUAAAUGAUUUGAACUCAGGAGAAAACACUAAAACUCACACUAUUUCAGUGGAGAAUGGCAACAUCUUGUGAGAUUUCAGUAUUGCAGCUCAGUAGUUUUCUGUGAAUGCUCAAUAUCUCACAUGAGAUUGAUGAAAGUUUGCCAAAUCUUUUAUGAUUUUUGGAAAUAUUUAUUUAUUUAGGGAGUGGGGACACCUCUUGAUGGCUCAGCAAGCCCUCUGAUAUCUGCAGAUGUUGUAGCAGAUGUUGCAAGUACUGUAGCAAAAAUGUGUUCUCUGCCAGCCUAUUCCUAUCUGUUUAAUAAGGGUUUGAUCUGUGAAUUCAGUAGGGAUUUUUUUCAUUCUUUGAGAUUUCGUUCUUGCUGAAAUAAAUGUGAUUGUGUGUUGAAUAGGGUUGAUUUCUUAAACAAUGAAGUAAGGAAGUAUCUUAAAAUAAUUGGAGGGCUAAUCUACCCAAAGAGACCCAUUACUCUUUGAAAGAAUCCCAUAUGUUUUUAGUAAUGUCUUUUCUUUUUUUAUUGUGUAUUUUAUGUAUAAUGAUCGGUCAUACAUAAAACUAUCAUAGGAGAGUGUGUGUAUGCAUAUAUACAAUACACACAUACAUAGACAUAGACACACACACACAUCCUCUAGCGCUCUUAAUAAUUGCUGGGAUUUAGACAUGGCUUUCUAGGAAACACUACAUACAUUUUAUUUAGCUGGCCUAGACCAUGGUUUUGUUUUUUUCUCUGAUUGAAAAAGAAGAAUGAAACUGCAUUUCUGUACAAUGCAAUCUACCCAACAACUAGUAAAAAUUAAAAUAAAAUUGAAU